CUUCUAAGAAAGACUCCUGUUCCUGAGGCCGAAGCCCUGAAAAAGAGGAGGAAGAGGAUGGAGGAGCCGGGAACGGCUGUUCCUCAGGGAUGGCUGACCUUCAGGGAUGUGGUCAUCAAAUUCUCCCAGGAGGAGUGGGAAUGCCUGGGCCCUGCUCAGCGGGCCUUGUACCGGGACGUGAUGCUGGAGAACUACAGGAACCUGAUGUACCUGGAUACUUGUUCUUCACAUGUGAACAAGAAGUUACAACCAAAGGAGGAUAGUAAUACAGGAAUAUUCCAAACAGUGAUGUUGGAGAGACAUAUAAGCCAUGAAGUCAAGGAUUUGCACUUUAGGGAAAUUGAGGAGAAUCCUCAUGACAUUGAGUGUCACUGGAAAGGUGAUGAAAGAAAGUACAAAGGAAUGCCUAUAAUCCAUAAAAAUCAUCUCACUGUUACAAAACAUCAACAUAAUGGAAGGGAUGCAGAAAACAAGUCUAUUGAAAAUUGCCUAGGAGUCAACUGUCAGGAUGAAGUGUCUAUAUUUCAAACUGAAGUCGAAAAUCAUGACUGUAAUGAAGUUAAGUCUCUCAGCAGUAUUUCUUCAUUUUCACCACUUCUAAGAAUUCCUUUUAGUGUCGAAACCAACAAUUCUAAAAAAUAUCAGAAGGAUUUUGCACAUUCUUCAGUAGACACUCAAGAGCAAAAAUCACACAAGGGAAAACCUUGCAAAUGCCUUGACUGUGGCAAAACCUUUAAUCAGGUCUCACACCUGACUGGACAUCAGAUAAUCCAUACUGAAGAAAAACCAUGUAAACGUGACAUAUGUGCAGAAGUCUUCCAUAAAAAUUCAUUCUUUGAAAAUCACUGGAGAACUCAUACUGAGAAGAAACCAUACAAAUGUCAUCAGAGUGCCCAGGCCUUUAGUUUAAGGCUGAGUUUGAAUUCCCAUGAGGCAGACCACACUGGCAAGAAACUUUUCAAGUGCACAGAAUGUGGCAAAGCCUUCGGUCAAAAUGCAAAACUUAAAAAUCACAUGAGAAUCCAUACUGGAGAGAAACCUUUCAAAUGUAAUGAGUGUGGCAAAGCCUUUACCCGAGCCUCAAACCUCACUACACAUCAGAAAAUCCAUACUAGAGAGAAACCAUAUAAAUGUGACAUAUGUGGGAAAGUCUUCAGUAAAAAUUCAUACCUUGAAAAUCACCAGAGAACUCAUAUUGGGGAGAAACCAUACAAAUGUAAGGAGUGUGGCAGAGCCUUUAGUUUGAGUUCAAACCUAACUAAGCAUCAGCUAAUCCAUACUGGAGAGAGACCUUACAAAUGUAUCGAGUGUGGCAAAGACUUCAGUCAAAACUCACAACUGAAAAAGCACAGGAAGAUCCAUGCUGAAGAGAAACCUAUCAAAUGUAAUGAGUGUGGCAAAGCCUUUUCUCGCCCCUCAAGCCUUAGCAACCAUCAGUCAAGCCACAGUAGAGAGAGACCUUACAAAUGUAAUGAGUGUGGCCGAGCCUUUAGGUUGAGAUCAGCUCUAACUAAGCAUCAGGUAACCCAUAGUGGAGAGAGACCUUACAAAUGUAAUGAGUGUGGCCGAGCCUUUAGAUGGAGAUCAACCCUAACUAAGCAUCAGGUAACCCAUACUGGAGAAAGACCGUACAAAUGUAAUGAGUGUGGCAAAGUUUUUUGUGAUAACUCAACACUUAAUUGUCACAGGAGAAUCCAUACUGGAGAGAAACCUUUCAAAUGCAAUGAGUGUGGCAAAGCUUUCCGUGGAAACUCAAAACUUAAUUUUCACAAGAGAAUCCAUACUGGAGAGAAACCUUUCAAAUGCAGUGAGUGUGGUAAAGUUUUCCGUCAAUACUCACAACUUUAUUAUCACAGGAAGAUCCAUGUUGGAGAGAAACCUUUCAAAUGUAAUGAGUGUGGCAAAGUUUUCCGUGAAAACUCAAAACUUAAUUUUCACAGGAGAGUCCAUACUGGAGAUAAACCUUUCAAAUGCAAUGAGUGUGGCAAAGUUUUCCGUCUAUACUCACAACUUUAUUAUCACAGGAAGAUCCAUACUGGAGAGAAAUCGUUCAAAUGUAAUGAGUGUGGCAAAGUUUUCCAUCAAAAUUCACAACUUAAAUGCCACAUGAGAAUCCAUACUGGGGAGAAACCUUUCAAAUGUAAUGAGUGUGGCAAGGUUUUCCGUCAAAAUUCAAAACUUAAAUGCCACAUGAAAAUACAUAGUGGGGAGAAACCUUUCAAAUGUAAUGAGUGUGACAAAGUCUUCACUCAAAAGUCACAACUCAAAAACCACAGUAGAAUCCAUACUGAAGAGAGACCUUACAAAUGUAAUGAGUGUGGCAAAGCCUUUAGGUGGAGAUCAAUCCUAACUAAUCAUCAGGUUAUCCAUACUGGAGAGAGACCAUACAAAUGUAAUGAGUGUGGCAGAGCCUUUAGGCGUAGAUCAACUCUAACUAAGCAUCAGCUAAUCCAUACAGGAGAGAGACCUUACAAAUGUAAUGUGUGUGGCAAAGCUUUUAGGUGGAAAUCAAUCCUAACUAUGCAUCAGUUAAUUCAUACAGGAGAGAGACCCUACAGAUGUAUUGAGUGUGGCAGAGCCUUUAGGCAUAGAUCCACCUUAAUUAAGCAUCAAGUAAUCCAUACUGGAUAUAGACCUUACAAAUGCAAUGAGUGUGGGAAAGUCUUCAGUCAAAACUCAAAACUUAAAAGUCACAUGAGAAUCCAUUCUGGAGAGAAACCUUUCAAAUGUUGUGAGUGUGGUAAAGCCUUUGCUCAAGGCUCAUACCUUACCAAUCAUCAGAAAAUCCACAGUGUAGAGAGACUUACAGAUGUAAUGAGUGUAGCAGAGCCUUUAGGUAUAGAUCCACCUUGGAUAACCAUCAAGUAAUCCAUACUGGGGAGAGACCUUACAAAUGCCCUAACUGUAGCAAAGUCUUCAGUGGGAACUCAGAAGUCACAGGAGAAUCUAUUCUGUAGAGAAACUCAAAUGUAACAACUGUGGUAAAGCAUUUACUCAAGGCUCACUCCUUACUGAUUAUCAGAAAGUCCAUAAUGGAGAGACUUACAAAUGUCAUGAUCGUGGCAGAGCCCUUAGUUUCAGAUCAACCCUAACAAAGCAUCUCCUAAUCCAUACUGUAGAGACACCUAAGAAACCUAAUGAGUGUGGCAGAACCUUUAUGUUGAAAUCAACCCUAACUAAUCAGAUAAACCAUACUGGAGAGAAACCUUCCAAAUGUAAUGAUUGUCAUGAAGUCUUCAGUCAGAGAUAAUACCUUGCAUAUUACAGGAGGAUUCGCACGGGAGAGAAACCUUACAGGUGCAGCAUAGGAAUGCCUUCACUCAAGGCUCAAACCUCAGUACACAUCAGAUAAUCCAUUCUGGAGAGAACCUUACAAAAGCCACUGAAGUUGACAGGGCUUUUAGUGUUGCCUUAGACUCAGGCUUCACCAAAUAGUUACUACUUAAAAUCCAAUUAAUGUGGGAAAGUUGUUUGUGCUCACUCCUCUCUAGAUGCAAGAAUCUUUGUCCUGGUGCUCACCUCUGGAGCAGGACGCCUCACUCCCUCCACGAGUGUGCAAUUUGCGUUAUUAAAAUAACUUUGGUUUUACCUGCUCCACCUGGCUGGUUAAUUCUCUUGAUCAGAGUCAUGAACCCUCCUUCAGGGUUGAGGUUUCACCCAGAGUGCAGGGAUAUCUACCGAAACUGAUUGCCCAAGAACAGUUUGGUGACUGCGAAGCGCUUCCAAACAUGGCACUUACUAAUAAUGGUUUCUAACAAUAAUCAAGUAAGUACUGUAUUCUGGACAAAGAUCAGACUUCUAAAUCAUGAAUGAGCCAAUAUAGAAUGUUGGGAUGCCACAUGGUCACAUAGACAAGCCUAUCCUAAGGACAAAUAUUCAAAGAAAUAUAUUAAGCAGCAUAUACACUGUGCCAUAAUCAACCUGUAUUUAAAAGACCCUAUCAAAACCCCAAACCCUAAAAUCUUUAAAUGCACCUCUAUUUUCUCAGGUUUCCUGCAUGCCUGAGUGUGUACUUUGCCUUUAAGCAAAAUCUUGCUUUAUUUUUUUUUUUGCUUAUAAAAAAAAAGUGUGUGUUCUGGAAAGAUACCAUAGAAAUGUAAUGCAUGUCGUGAGGACUUUAUCUAGUGUUCCAACUUUGAGUCACAUCCUCGAGCAAUAACUUACACAUGAAUUGAGUGAGGCAAAAGCCUUUUUCUGAGUUGAAGACUUCAUUUCAUCAACAGAGGAACUAUAAAUUUAUGUGUCAGAGGCUUUAGAUGGUCCUCACCAUGUAGGAGAGGUCGUAGUGUACAACUUGAGAGAAACCAUGGAAAACUGCAUGCUAAAGCUUUUACACAAAGAUCAAAACUGGAUUGCCAGAGGAUUUAUACCAGAGCAAACCUUGCAAAUGUUAUGGAUGAUAUGAGGCAUUUCCUCAAAUGUCCACAGCUUUGGAGGAAUGAGACAACUUGUGAAGGACAGAAACUAUACAAACUAUACUGAUCAUGGAGGUAUCUUUAAAAGAUAGUCAAAUAGGAUUCACCAAAAAAUACUGGGGAGAAUACUUUCAAAUAGAAUGAAUAUGUUGAGUUUUUUUGUUUUUUUUUUUUACCAGCUUUCCAAAUAGAACA